GGAGUUUCUGGGGUGCAACGCAGAAAUCCAGUCUUAGUAAAAGCAGAAGCGUGUGGCGGUAGUUGCGCUGUUCUGAAAGUUGAAACUCGAAAGUGCGACACUGGAAGAUGUUGUCCUGUCAAUUGCCAGAUGAACAACUGGGGAAGUUGGGGUAGUUGUAGCGCGGCUUGUGAACGAACUGGUGUAAAGAAAAGGUAUCGAAGUAUUAAAGUAUCACCAUCAUGUAAUGGCCUUUCUUGUCCGACUACAUCUGAUACAAAAGCGUGCAAUGGUCCUUGCUGCCGUCGAAAUUGUAAAGUUUCCACUUGGAGUUCUUGGGGAAAGUGUAAUGCUGCUGCAGGUGUGUUGUGUUAAAUGUUAUUUUUGUUCAUGCUCAAAUUACACUCUUUUCUAUAAUCAACCCAAAUUUUAAUUGCGGCUCAAUCUUCAUUAAGUUUCUGUAUUUUCCAUGCUUAACUGUUGCUUACUUGUCGUUCGUUACUUAUCUGCUUAAGAGAACAAGUUUAAGUGCUUUUGUGAACAGAUAGAUCGGUGCGCAAAUCGAAGUAAACUUUCCAUUUUAAUCAUGUUUGUUGUGGCGUAAAGCUUGCAUCAGUUUGAGAACAGAGGAAGUCCCUAAAAACAAGUGAUGGUUUUAGAGUUCUUUCUCUUAUUCUUAUAUACUCACUGGUUAUUGCUUACUACAAGUUGAUUUGUUUCUUGAAAGAUUCUUACCUCGUGUUACUUAUAAAAUUUUGCUAAUAUAUAAAAAGCCUUUUACUAUUAUUUUUUUGUGAUUAUUUGUUUUUUAUUUUAUAUCAUUGGGUUAGUAAGACAUAUUUCUUCCUAUUUAACUCUGAUAGGUGUGUGUGGUACAAAUAGUGGUACUCAAAUACGGACAAGAAAAGUGACAACUCGACAGUCAUGUGGAGGCACCUGUGUUAGUCUUCUCGAUUCUAAAAAAUGUACACCAGUACCUAUAACGUGUAAGAUGUCAACUUGGACAUCAUGGUCUUCUUGUCAACCCUUGUCAGGAAAUUGUGGUAAUGGAACAAAAAAUCGUCAACGACGAAUUCUACAGCAACCUUAUUGCAGUAAGAGAUGUGGUGAUCUAACUGAUACGAAAUUCUGUUUGCAUAGCUGCUGUCCUGUAAACUGCUCUUAUACAAAUUGGAGUGACUGGUCGUCAUGUUCGAAUGAAUGUGGAACAGGCAUGCAACUCCGACUCCGAAAAGUCAAUGUUUCCAGCUCUUGCGGAGGUAUUGCGUGUAGACAAGACCUAUUAAAAGAAACAAGAACUUGCACCAAACACAUAGAUUUGGAUUGCAAACUGACAACAUGGUCCAAUUGGUCACUUUGUAGUUCAGGCUGCGGUAAUGGAACAGUACAGAGGUCGAGAAAUAUAACACAACAGGCAAAAUGCAGAGGGAAAAAAUGUGAAGUACUUAUUGAGACAACGUCUUGUAGUAGCUACAGAGAGCGAACACACUGCCAGGUUGGUCAAUGGAGUGUUUGGGGCCCUUGUGAUACAAAAUGCGCUAUUGGUAGUCAAAAAAGAGUAAGGCAAACCACAACACAACCUGUUUGCAAUGGGAGAGCUUGUCCUGCUGUGCAAGAUGUCAGAUCUUGUGGGAAAAUAAAUGGCGGCUGCGAGCAAGUGUGUUCGGCAGGUUCAUGCAUAUGUCGUCCAGGAUAUGUGGCAAGAAAUAAAACACAUUGCAUUGGAAAAAACUGUGGACUUCUAUUAAUGACUUAUUGCCCAUCAGGAAUAACUGGUUCUGCUUGUAAAUAUCCCAGUGUCCGUUGUCCUGGAGGAAGCUCUAUGUUUCCUGUUACAUGCACUCUUGAAUGUGUCAGUGGAUACACACUAAUUGGGAAAAAUACCGUCUCAUGUCAAACUUCGGGCAGCUGGUCUCCUGUUCAAAGCUACUGUAAAAGAAAUAACAACCCACCAAGUGAUAUUACAUUAUCUCAAAUCACUGUCCCAGAAAAUGAAGGAGUGGGGUAUAUUGUGGGUAGUUUGGUAACUCUAGAUUCAAACAAGAAUGACACUCAUACCUACCAAAUAACACAUGAUAGGUGCAAAUGUUUCAGUAUUAUCAAUAACCAGCUGAAAACGUUGAAAUCGUUCGACUUUGAAAGUGUUUCAAACAAAUUUGACAUUACUAUAAGAACUACAGACAAUGGUAUUCCAAACUUGAAUUUUGAGAAAACGUUUCAGAUACAAGUACUGGAUGUCAAUGAGAAGCCAAAAGAUAUUAUAUUAUCAAAUUCUGCUAUUGAUGAAAAUACAGACAAUUACACGUUUGUUGGUUCCCUGCAAACAAUGGAUGAUGAUCAAAAUCAAACCUUUGUCUACACCUUAUUGGAUUCUGCCGAUGGAUUGUUUACAUUGGCUCACAAUGACAGAUUGUUGACCUCUAAAGGAAACAAGGACUGUCUUGCAAAGCCUAACCCAACGAAAUGUCCAUUAAACUUUGAAAAGAGUCCGAAAUAUCAAGUUGCAAUUAUGUCUACUGAUAAUGGUAGUCCACCAAAAACAGUUAUGAAGACAUUCGACAUCACGUUGAGAGAUAUGAAUGACCCACCAUUUAACAUCACACUAUCAGCUACUUCAGUGAAUGAAAGUUCACCGAAAAAUACACUGAUAGGACAAUUUUCGGCUCAGGAUGAAGACAAAUUACAAAGAUUGACUUACAAACUAACCAAUGACGAUGGAGGCAAUUUUUUUGUUACGAACACUGGCUUAUUAUACAAAGCAAAACCGUCUGAUUAUGAAACUACUUCAGAUCAUACGAUCGAAGUGGAGGUCUCGGAUAACGGAAUAGUUCAACAAAAGACGACACAAGGCUUCAUUAUUGAUGUCAUUGAUGCAAAUGAACCACCAGUGAAAAUAAAGCUUCUUUCAGCCUCGCCAUCAUCUAUUGCAGUCAAUGAUACAUUGAUUGUGCCUGAAAAUACAACAUCUAAUAUGAUGGUUGGACAAAUUGAGAUAUACGACGAGGAUUUAGUAACCAGUCUUAAUGUAAAAAUGGAAAACUCUCAUGGCCAAACUGUUGAUGUUGGCACUAAUCAAGUACAAUGUCAAAAUACUUCGAAGUUUGGCGCCAAAUCUAAAUGCACGACUGCUGUAUAUUUGAAGAAAGAAUUAAAUUUUGAGGUUAAAGACUCGUACAAAUUUGUGUUAAAAAUAACAGACAGAGGACAUGUUGCUUUGUAUACGUUUGUAGUGAAGGUUUCCGAUAGUAACGACAAACCAACUGAGAUCCUGUUGGACAACGCCGACUAUGUCACUGUUUAUGAAAAUCAAGUGGGUGUAAAUGUUGGGUCAAUGUCGACAAUUGAUGAAGAUUUGGGCCAGUCGUACACAUAUAAAUUGCUUGAUAACAUAGACAUGUUUGAAAUAAAAAGUACGAUGUUCAAGUUUAAAGAUGGGGCAUUUGCGAAUUACGAGAAAAAGUCCAUUUACUAUGUGAAAAUCCAAAGUACUGAUAAUGGCAAUCCUCCAAAAUCAACUGAAGAUGUAAUUGUUAUUAAUAUUGCUGACGUGAAUGAUUUACCUACAUCUGUUUCGCUUUCAAAUUCAGCAGUAUACGAAAACGCCAGCAUUGGACACAUUGUUGGAGUUUUAAACAUCAUUGACGAAGAUACGAGAAACGCUAACACAACUACUCACCCUUGCCAUGUAACAAACAGCAGCUUGUUCCUGAUUGAGAAUAAUAUCCUCAAAGUCAACUCUCAAUUGGAUCAUGAAAGUGCUAGUGUCAUCUCAGUGGUGGUAGCAUGUGUUGACAGAUCUCUGGUUGGUAAUUGGACAAUACAAGUGUUUGUAAGAGAUGUUAAUGAAGCACCAUAUGGAAUAAUUCUUUCAAAUAGUAGAAUCGCUGAGAAUGCAAACAUUCCAACAUUAAUAGGCGUGUUAUCUACAAUUGAUCCUGAUAAUGAAUUUGUUGCAAGACAAUCAUUUAAUUACACCAUUCUCACUAAUAAUGAUUUCUUCAAAACAGUUGGUGAUAAAUUGUUUGCUACUACUAAAUUUAACUUUGAAACUCUUACUUCAAUCGAUGUAGAUAUCAGGGUUACGGAUUCUGGAGUUCCAGCAAAGUCAUAUACUGAAUUAAAAAUUAUAACAAUUGAAGAUGUCAAUGACAGACCGACGGAUGUUAUUAUGUUAAACGAUGUUGUUGAUGAGAACAGUGCAGUGGAUACAGUAAUUGGGGUCCUGGACACUUCUGAUGAAGACAACAAUCAAAAUCACAAAUAUCGUUUAAUUGAUAGCAGUGAUGCACGAUUCAAGAUCAUUGGCAAUACGUUGAUGGUUUCUGAAGAUAACACAAAAUGUUUAGAAAACGGAGGAGGUUAUUGCAGAUUGAAUUUUGAAAAGACACAACAGCUUAGUAUCUCUGUUAUUGCAACCGAUAAUGGUUCUCCAGAAUUAUCGCUGACAAAGAACCUGACAAUAUACUUAAGGGAUAUAAAUGACAAGCCGUAUAACUUAUCACUAUCCGGCCACACUUUGCGAGAAGAUGCUGCAGUAGGUUAUAUUAUUGGAAAAUUGACUGCUAAUGAUGAUGAUUCGUCACAAUUGUUGAGUUUCAAAAUAACUGGCGGACCAAAAGAUCAUUUUUAUAUUGACGAUAAAUCAAAUUUAAGAAAGAAGUCCAAUUUCUCUGAUUUUGAAACACAGUCGUUGUAUAGGUUGUCAAUUGAAGCAAAAGAUAACGGAUGGCCUCCACAAAAGACAUCAGCAAAUUUCACAAUUGAAGUCCUCGACGUAAACGAAGCUCCUAUAUCAACGCUAAUCAAAGAUGACGCCGCACAGCACACAUACAAUGAAAGCAACCCACACGUAGAAGAAAACUCUCCAAUUGGUACUGUUGUGGGUACAAUUUUUUCAUUUGACGAAGAUUUCUCAGCGAAAUUGGAUAUUAAACUAGAUAACGAUUGCAAUGAAACAUUCGCGCUGCACGCUGAAACAAUAUGCGUGAACUCCACCGGCAAGAUCAAAACAACUUGCAGAAGAAAGUUACUAACCAACACGUUAUUGAACUACGAAGAAAAAAGUUUAUAUACCAUAUUAGUUCGUUCGACCGACCAAGGAGGGUUGCGUCACGUGCAAGAAUUUAAAGUCUCCAUCAUCGAUGUUAACGACGCUCCUUCUGAUGUUCUUUUAAGUGGAAAGCGUGUAGCAUCGAUCCAAGAAAACAUUGCUGGAGCUUAUAUUGCGGACAUCUCAACAGUUGAUGAUGAUCAAGGACAGACUUUCUCAUACCAGAUACAAGGUCAUGAAAGUAUUUUUUUUGAAAUUCGACAUUCCAAUAAGUUGCAUAUGAAAGAAACCGUUGCUUUUGAUUUUGAGCAAAUUGCCUCAUAUAACAUAUCGAUAAAUUCAACUGACAGUGGAUCACCAAGAAAAUCAGUAUUAGCUGUGCUCCCGGUCAUUAUUGAAGAUGUAAACGAGAGACCUAUCAUAGGGACAUUCCCAGACCUAAAAGUAAAAGAAAAUGCAACUGCAGGAACGAUUAUUGGAACCAUUGAUAUUAGAGAUCCUGAUAACUUAGGCCAGAAUACUUAUAAACAGGUACAUAGCUGUUAUGUAGACCAUACGCAUAACAUGUUUAACGUCACAUCUCAUAAAACUCAUGGAGGACUUGGAAGAACACAUUAUCUCUGUGUAUCUAAUAACAAAUUGGACUAUGAAAAGGCAACUUCGUACAACAUAACAAUAAAAUGUGAAGAUUCUGGCAGUCCUAAACUUAGUACAAAAAGAAGUCUCGUAAUCAGAGUUGAAGACGUCAAUGAGUCGCCAAUGAAUAUCAAAAUUUCAAGUGGCAAUAUCGAUGAAAAUGUGCAGCCACAGGUUGUCGGUACUUUAAGUACUGUUGAUCCUGACAAUUUUGGGCAUGCUGCGCGCCAAUCAUUUACCUACACUCUACUUAAUCAAACCGUUCCUUUUGUAAUCAAUGGAGACAAACUGGCAACGACGGUGUCAUUGGAUUACGAAAUGAAACCUUCUUACGAUCUUCUUAUAAAAUCUGUAGACAAUGGCUCUCCAAGUUUAUCAUUUCAAAAAAUGAUACAAAUCUUAGUCGUGGAUGUAAAUGAAGCUCCUAUCGAAAUUAUCCUUUCCAAUAACACAGUGGCGGAGAACAGCAAGAAAGGGACGAUAAUAGGAUUGCUCUCCGUGAUAGACGAAGACCGAUCAAAAUUAGGAGAAAAGCAACAACAUACUUACAGUUUAAGUGCGAAUCCAUUUGGCAUGUUCCGUAUUGCCGGAAACAUACUGCAAGUUGCUGAAGACAACACUCUCUGUCUGCAACUUGGUGGCGCACAUUGUAAAUUGAACUUUGAAUCGAACAGAUUCUUGAAAAUUACUAUUGACGUCACUGACGAUGGAACUCCAGCGCAAAGUUUCCAAAAAAAAAUUGAUAUUAUUGUCACCGAUGCAAAUGAUAAACCUCGAAAUUUAAGGUUGUCAUCGAACGUUGUUGCUGAAAAUGCCAGUAUAGGAUUUGAAAUUGGUAAGCUGAGCGUCGAAGAUGAAGAUGUUGGCCAAAAACAUAUCUUCUCACUGGCUGAUGACGAUAAAGGGAGAUUUAUAAUCAAAAACAACUCUGUAAUAAAAGCUAAAUCUACGAAUUACGAAAGUAAACAGAGUCAUAAGAUUGUUGUUGCUGCUACAGAUGAUGGAAUGCCAUCAAUCACGAUUAAAAAGGAGAUUCACAUCAUUAUACAAAAUAUAAAUGAAUCUCCCACUAACCUACGAUUAACAAGCCUAAUAGCUUCACAAAGUUUUCCAGAUAAUCAACCUAAAGUAAAAGAAAACACGUCGAAUGGUACGGUGGUCGCCACAGUGGAAGCAGAUGAUCAAGACGCGGUUGAACGUUUGGCGUUUCAGCUUCUUGAAAAUCCUGACGAAAAGUUUCGAUUGGAUAAUAAAGUAGUUUGUACAAAUAUUUCUACUGGGAUAGGUCAGCACACAUUAUGUAGAACGAAUCUGUUAGUCAACUCAACGCUCGAUUUCGAGAAGGAAGCCGUGAUCCUAAUAUCAAUUCGCGUGUCAGAUCCUGCCGAUCUUUCACACGCAGCUAGCUUUAAUAUAACUCUCCUUGAUGGCAACGAUGCACCGACAGAUGUAACAAUUCAAGGUGAACACUUGUGUUUCGUGCAGGAGAAUUUGAAAUACAAACGUAUUGGAGUGCUGGAAACAAUCGACCAGGACCCUUUUCAAGACUUUACGUAUAAAAUAAUUGACAGCGCAGGAAAUCGAUUUGCGAUUCAAAAAGAUCUGUUUGGUGUGUAUGAACUUUUUACCACGGAUACUAUUUUGGAUUAUGAGAGUCAGGCAAACUACACUAUUGUCGUGGAAACUACUGAUAAUGGUAGACCAGCUAUGAGUCACCAAGGAAGUAUUAUUGUGCAGGUGAUUGAUAUCAAUGAAGCUCCAACGGACAUCAAGUUAUCUUUGAAUCACGCAAAAGAAAACACGCCGAACAAUACUUUUGUUUGCAACAUUACGGUAACCGAUCCUGACAAUAAACAUACAUUAAUACAAAGUCAUAGUUGUGAGAUCAACCAAGUCGGUUCAAAAUUAUUCCGGUUGUCUCAAAACCAACUGUUUGUGAAUGGAGCUCUAGAUCAUGAAAGUAGAAGCAAAGUCGCGAUUCCAAUUCUUUGCAUUGAUUCUGGUUUUCCAAGAAAGUCUUUCGAAAAAGAUGUAAUUAUGUAUAUUGACGAUGUUAAUGAACCACCCACUGGGCUGUCACUGACUAGUGGGACAGCGCCAGAGAACAAGGAUAAUUACAUCAUUGGGACUUUUAUUGUCCAUGAUCCUGACCUCAAUGGUAACAAUCACACGCUUAGUUUGGUUAAUCCAACUGUACCUUUUGUUAUUGAUGGCCUCAUGCUGAAAACGUCACAAAAAUUGAAUUACGAAAAACGAAAUUCGUAUUCAAUCGAUGUGAAUGUUAAAGAUGUUCCAGGCUCCUCAUACACUGAAGCUUUUCAAAUCACAGUAGAAGAUCGAAACGACGCGCCAAACGAUUUAAAAUGCAGCGGAAGUUUUGCUAUCUCUGAAAAAGCGAAUCGCGGAGCUCACAUUGGACGGUGCACAGCUGUGGAUGAGGACAGGUAUCAGACACACACAUAUAACAUAUCAGGUGUAAGCUUUCAGCACGCACAGGCGUAUUACAGCAUGUUACACCCAAUAAGCCGUCAAUCUCCAUUUCGCAUUGAACGCAAAACUGGUUCGAUAACUUUACAGAGCUCUUCAACAAUCAAACCUGGUGUAUUUACCAUUACAAUUGCUGCAACAGAUGAUGGGAUACCACAGCUAACGCUCAGACAGAAUGUCUCUAUCUACGUUACAAAUGUGAAUGAACGCCCAACAAAUAUAAUUAUGCGAAAUAACAAGAUUCCAGAAAACGCACCUUUAGGAAGCGUCGUCGGUUCCUUGCUUGUAAAAGAUCCUGACAAUCGUCAUCAACAUGUUCAAAAUCAUUCCUGUGUCGUGAAGGAGAGAGCGUCUCCAUUUGAGAUCAACUCGCGAAAUCAACUGAUAGUGAAACAUCCACAGUUGUUGGAUUUCGAAAAAAAAACUUUCUUUGACACGCUUGUUGAAUGCACAGAAGAGAAUGGAGGAUUUUCCAUUCAAAAAAAGUUUGUGAUAAACAUUUUGAACGUUAACGAGCCUCCUCAAAAUAUAUCUUUGACUCCAUCUUCAAUCGAUGAGCACAACAAGAUUAACGAAGUCGUUGGUGUGAUCAUGUUUACUGAUCCUGAUAAUCUGAAUGUUUUGAACGAUAAUGUAUCGAUCAGCAAAUUCACAUCAUUUGGUGCUCCUUUUCAACUGCGCCCUCCAUUUUUACUGGUGGCAACUCAAGUUCUAGAUCAUGAAAAGGAAUCUUCCUUUACAGUUCAAGUGACGUUACAGGAUGAUGGGAAACCUCCAAAAUCAAACACACAAAAUAUAACAAUAUUGGUAAAUGAUUUGAAUGAUGCACCCACAGAUAUAAUACUGUCAGCAACGACACUGAAAGAAGACAUGCUGCCUGGUAGUAUUGUGGCCAAUUUGUCGACACUAGAUCAUGAUCAGAACCAACAACAUACUUAUAAAUUUCAAGACGACGCAGGUCUUUUCUCAAUAUCCGGACACCAAAUCACUUUAAAUGGAAAACUAAACUAUGAAGCAUUCAAAUCAGUGGAUAUUGUAGUGCAAACUACAGACAAUGGAAGUCCCCCGUUAUCGUUUCAGAAACGUUUUACACUUCUCGUUGCCGACGCAAAUGACAAACCGGAUUUUGUGUCGAAAACCAUAAUACCUGUUCCUGAGAAUACACGUUCAGAUUUCAAAAUAGCAAGCCUUCGCGUAAACGAUGAAGAUGAUUUCCAAUUACAUACGUGCAUUUGUAUUAGCAGCAAUAAAGACUGGAUUUUACUCUUUACUGAAGAAAGCGGAAAUGUUUCAGUCUAUAUAAACUCUACCAGUAUCCACCUUGACUUUGAAGCCCUUCAAAUAUUAAAAUUUGAGGUCAGAUGUUUUGAUGAUGGCGUGCCAAAACUGUCAAUAGAUACCACAUUGGAAGUACCUGUGCUUGAUGUUAAUGAAGCGCCGUAUGGAAUAAAAAUAAAUAAUUCAUCAUUUGUGUUUUUAAAUGAGAAUCCUAUACCGGGUGAAGAUGUUGGAAUACUGCAAUGUCUUGAUCCUGACCUUGGUCAAGCGUAUUCUUAUGAAGUGCUUGGUGAAUCGAAGAAAUAUUUCAAGGUUUCCCCAUCGUCCAACGAAUUGUCAAUCAUAAAUCUACCGCAAUUGAAUUACGAGGCGCCGCCUGGUGUGAAUCAAAUUGUCGUGGACCUCCGUGUGACAGACAAUGGUCAACCACCGCUAUCGUACAAAGCAAAUAUAACCAUCAUAGCAAAAGACGUGAAUGAACCACCAACCAAUAUCACAUUAAUUCAUGGUUCGCGAAAUAUUAAAGAAGACACAAAAGUUAAGAAACUAGGAGAGCUGUGGUCACACAACCCUGAGGGUAUAAGGCAACUGGUCACGUUCAAACUAUUGAAUUAUCAGCACGUGUUUAAAAUAGUUACUACGCAUGCUCCUGCCUCUACGUCAUAUUUAUAUCUAAUUAGCGAUUUGGAAGCAGAUAUUACAUCUUCUUACGUUUUAUCAAUCCAAGCAACUGACAAUGGCAAGCCACCCCUCUCCACCAUGGGUGUUAUUUCGUUCAAUAUAUUGAAAUCAAAUCCUUGUGUUAUUAACAAUGUUACUUGCCUGAAAAAUGCAGUGUGCAAGAGAGUGAACAAAUUGGAAAGUAAGUGCAUAUGUUCACCAGGUUUUGCUUUGCGUGAUAACGUUUGCGCGCCAAUUGAUGAUUGCUUUCCGCAGUGUCGAUUUUGUAUUGGUACAAAACAAAAGGAGUGCGCUGAUUCUAAGAGUAAACCGUGCUCACCGUGUCAAAAUGGCGGUAUGUGUACUGACCUGCAUCUAAAUUAUACUUGCCAGUGCAAACCAGGUUAUAGCGGUCAUGAUUGCUCUGUCAAUAUUGAUGACUGCAAGCCUAAUCCCUGUCUUCAAAAUUCGACUUGUUAUGAUGGAAUAAACAACUUUACAUGUGAAUGUGCCCAUGGAUUCCGAGGUCAAACUUGCGCCGUAGAAAUCGAUGAGUGCGAAUCAAAACCUUGCUUUAAAGGAGCAUGUACUGAUUUGAUAAACGGGUAUAAGUGCGCAUGCCCCACUGGCUUGCACGGUUCUUCGUGUGAAAGAAACUCCACGGGUUGUUCUGGAAAUACUUGCAGUAAGCAACAGCUUUGUACUUCGAUUGACUUGUCUAGUAAAUCAAAAGGUGUAGCAAGCUGGAGGUGCGUACCAAACGAUGAAACUGUCACACUAUCCUUUCCCACUUGGUUUGCGCCACUUUCCGGGAACGCCAUGAUAUUAUGGAAACUUCACUUUGAGGAUUUUUUAAGGAACACGUUAACUAUUCCGCUGCCCUGGAUUCAACCCAAGAGUAAAUAUAAGGACGUGAAAUUAUCUGAUUCCACAAUUUUAUCGUAUGGCCCCGGUGUUAAGGAAGCGGUAAAUUAUGCUGACGAUGCGAAAACAGAUGUUAAAUUUUAUGGUGUUUAUAAAGACAAAGUUUUAUCCCCGAACGUACUAUUGUAUUCGAUUAACGAGACUUGCGAAGAACUGUUUGUUGAUUGUACACUUCAGAAUAACCAAUUUGGAUGCCAUGUUUGUUCCGUCGUCGCAUUGUAUUUAAAUAACAGCAAAAACAUUAAAAAACCGGUCAUUUCUCAAUACACUUUUGAUAGAGAUCCGCUGUAUAUGACGGCACUACCCAUCGCCGGCAUUGUUCUGUGUGUUUUGGUCAUCUUUAUUGUUGUCGUGUUUAUAUUCCGGAGCAGACGAAAUAAUCGCAAAAGAAAAUUAGACAUUACAAUGUCUGGUAAAACCGCAAAGAGAGGAAAACAUUUGGAAACUUUGGAAAAAAGAUCAAGUCUUUACAAUGAAUACGACAUGGAUAAUUUCGAUGGGCAUUUUAAUCCGAUAUACGGCGUUGACGAGGACGAAGUUGAUAAUGAAGCAACGACGGCCAACCCACUUUAUGAUAACUCGCGACCAGAAGACUUGUUUUCUAGCACAACAGAAAUACGUACCAAUGGUGCCAAUAUGUUUGAAAAUCCGCUGUAUGGUGUGACUGGAAUCGAGGGAAACUAUUUGGAGACUGCAAUGGACGAUGUAAAUGCUUCAUCUGAGGGAAUUAUAAAUCCUUUCUUCGAAAAUCAGAAUAUUGAAAUCUUGUAACAUUAUAGAAAAAAGGUUACAUGUUUGUAAAUAUUUAGGUUUGACAGGCAGUGUCUUUUUCACAUUUUUACACAAAUUACACAUAUUUUGUAAAGCUUGCUUUAUACUUUUUGAACAGAAGAACAAAACUGAUAAUGAACUUUUCUAGGUACAGCUUUUGCACUUAACCAACCUUAUUCGUACAGUGUGGAAAACCCUCUUGCAAACGAAAUAUUAGCUAAGACCUUGUUUAUGACUAAAGUAUAUAUGCUGUAUAUAUAUAAAGUAUAUAUGCUGUAUUUUUCAACAAAUAGGAUCAUCUAAUCACGUAUCGAUAAGCAACAUAAUAUAUAUUGUAAAUUGUUUUUUUUUACAUUAAUUUGGAUACUUUGUAUAAUAUCAAUUUAUAACGAUUAAUUAAUACAUUAAUCUAUCAGUAGAGAAAUAAACAUGUGGUCUUGACAAUUUUAACACAAAAUUGAGAAAAACUUUCAAUUAAGCGAGGGUGAGGUUACCUAAGCGCUUUAAAUAAGUGAUAAUAACUUUGUUUUACUAUUCAAAACUGAACAAUUUUCAAAUAUCUUUUGCAUCUAUCAAAUGGUGCCAUUUCGUUAUACGUUUGUGAGGCUCGUUUUGCACUUCUCUCCAGUGAUCAGCAGCUGACUCUUGUGGGGAUGAUGAACUAAAAAUGACAUAUCCCAACACGUCAUCCUUACCAACCAAAUUAUGAUUGAACAACGUGACAGCCAGCGAAAA